AUGUCACCUGUGGCAGUAAGCUUGUGCCUUCUUUUCCACCAUCUCAUCCAUGUGAAAACUGAGUGUGUCCUGCACCAUCAGGGGGUGACCGGGUAUGUACAGAAGGCCGAUAUUCUUAUCGGUGGGGUCUUUCCUCUGCACCUAAAUCCCGGGACAGAACCAGAAACCUUCAGGACACCACCAAGCCUUCACUCGUGCCAACAGUUCAGUUUUCGUUCCUUCCGCUGGGUUCUGGCGUUCCUCUUUGCCGUGGAGGAAGUGAACCGCACUCCUGAAGUGCUAACAAAUUUGACGCUGGGGGCAGCAGUGAUGGACUCUUGCACCGAUGCAGCAGUAGCCCUAAGGGGAGCGGCAUGGCUUCUCUCUGGGGGUUCUGAAGGGCCGUUAAGUUAUCGCUGUUGGGGCCCACCACCAUUGCUGUCCGCCGUGCUCGGAGACGCAGGGGAAGACUCAGCGCUCAGUCUGGCCGGUGUGUUUGGACUCCAUAAUUACCCUCAGAUCAGCUACUUCACUCCUCCAGCCAAGCUCAGCAAUCAUUUCCUGUUCCCAUCAACUCUAAGUGUUGCCCCAACAGUCUCCUCACAAGCUAAAGGCUUUGCUCGGCUCCUUCAAGACUUCGGCUGGAUAUGGGUGGGUCUCCUCACUCAGGGAACGAGUGCUUCCACCCUGGACCAGACAUUUAUAGAAGAGCUGCGGGCCUCUGGCGCAUGCUUAGCCUUUUGGGAAAACGUUCCUUCUUCUGCGAAAGAAAUGUAUCGCGUGGCAGCCAUCAUCAGGGGGUCAACAGCAAAGGUGGUGGUUGUCUUCUCCCUUGAAGCCUACCUGAAUCCAGUUUUGUUAGAGCUGGCACACAAUGGAGAUCGUAAAGACAGAAUUUGGAUAACAGCUGAUGCUUGGUCAACAUCUCCGAGAUUGGUAGGCUCUGGGCUCUCCCACUUUCUGAAAGGUUCUCUAGGACUUGUUCUUCGUAAUGGGGCUGCUCCCGGUUUCAGAAAAUUUGUAUGGGAACUGCAUCCUAACCAAUUCAACAACCACCCAUUGUUUUUGGAGUUCUGGGAGGAGGCAUUUAGCUGUCGCUGGCCCCCAGGAGAGAACCGUUCAUCCCUGCUUCCUCCAUAUAAUGUUAACCUAGAACCUUCUACAACAUCCGUGAACAUAUCAUCAGCUCCUAUUGCAGCUCUGAAUCCUUCUUCCCUCAAUAACAUGUCAACAUUUGCCUCACUGUCUCCAUCUUCUUUAAAGCCAUUAUGCACAGGACUGGAGGACGCUGCUUCUCUACAGAUAUUCUCAGACAUUAAUGACCUCCGAGUGACAUAUAAUGUCUAUAAGGCAGUGAAGAUGAUUGCCAAAGCUCUCCAAGACAUGGCUACUUGUCAGAACAUGAUCAGAUCAUUGGACACCGGUCACUGUGCAGACAUUCAACAUUUUCAGCCAUGGCAGGCUGGGCCCUCAUUGAAGCGGCAUGGAGGCUCCAGGGCAACCUCUCACUGCCUCAAGCAUCGGCUGUCACAAGGAAUGCGCGACUCUCAGUACCGUGCGGGCUCUGCAGGAGGCGGGGCAUCUCGUCAGCCCUUCAGGCUGCAGGACAUAGAAAAAGUGGGGAGAAGCCAGCUUCUUUACUACCUUAAGAGAGUUCGGCUGAAAGGAAACAUUGAAGACGACCUGUAUUUCGACUCUCUUGGAAACGCUCCUGCAAUUUACGACAUCAUUAGCUGGCAGGAGGAACUGACAGGAGAGGCCAGCUGGGUGCAAGUAGGAAGUUAUGAAAGCGGUGCGGCGAUGGGUCAAGAUUUGUUCAUCAACAAGAGCGCCAUUCGAUGGGGAGAACACUUCGAUCAGAAAAUUGCUCUCCUGGAUUUCGGAAGACCUCACGUCAAGAUAAACCUCAUUGUUGCUUUGACUGCGUGCCUUGCCCAUGCUGUUGACUGUUUUUAUUGCCCAGAGGACCAAUGGCCAAAUACUUCUCGAAAGCAGUGUGUGCUUCGGGAGGUGGAGUUGCUAACCCUUUCCGAGCCUCUCGGCAUCUCUCUAGGUACUACGUCCAUCAUCGGCUCCAUCUUGCCAGCUCUUGUCCUCCUGCUCUUCAUCAAGAACCGAGACACCCCUCUGGUCCGUGCUAAUAAUUGUGCUCUUAGCUUCAUUCUCCUGGUUUCCCUCACGUUCUCCUUUCUGUGCCCCCUUCUGCUCCUUGCUUCACCGGGAAAGCAAACCUGUUUUGUUCGACAAGCCGCAUUUGGUGUGACCUUUACCCUCUGCAUAUCGUGCCUCCUGACCAAGACAGUCAUUGUCGUUUUGGCCUUCCGUGCCAAUCGCCCAGGUGGAUGUCUCAGGGUGCCAAAGGGACUGCGGUGGCCUAUUCUGUUUGCCAUGUAUUGCACAACCGUCCAAAUAGUCAUUUGCCUCUCAUGGUCCUUAGUAGACCCUCCAUUUCCAGAGAAUGACACCAGAAGUGUAUUGGGAAAAAUAGUUAUCCAGUGCAAUGACAGCCUCGGGUUUUGGUUCAUGCUUGGUUACCUUGGACUACUGUCCACUGUUUGUUUUGUGGUGGCAUUCUUGGCCAGGAAGCUACCGGGAGCCUUUAAUGAGGCAACUCAUAUAACAUUCAGUAUGUUGGUGUUUCUCAGCGUCUGGAUAUCCUUUGUUCCAGCCUAUGUCAGCACACAGGGCAAGCUGGCCGUGGCAACAGAGAUGUUUGCCAUUUUAUCUUCCAGUGCCGGGCUUUUGUUUUGCAUCUUCUCACCCAAAGUCUAUAUCAUACUGCUGCAACCCCAGCUUAACACCCGGGCUUCCGUUUCUGGUCAUCAGAAGAGACAGGCUAUCACCAGCCUCCAUGCGUUACCAUCACCUGGCAGAACAAACUUUAGAGGACACCAGUGA